UGUUGUUUUAAAUGAAAUGUGCUACAUUUUGAUGCAUUCCUCCCCAAACCCACUUAAAUCUGAAUUGAGAAAAGUUAGCUGCAUUUUAAGCCUGUAAUGUGCACAUAGACUAAGACUAACCAUUUGAUGGGGGUGGCAUCCAGCUUUUGGAACACACAAACACUCAGCCAACAGAAGAGCUCAGAUGCCCUUUUAUCACCAGUGUCUUCAGCGAUUACCUCUGGGGAAGGUUGCUCCCUUCCUGAUGGAGAGGGAGGCUGAUCAAAAGGAAUCCUCAGCACCUGUGCCCUGGGAAAGUAGCUCAAGCCGCCCCCAGAAGGUGGGAGCAGGUAUAAACAGGUGCUUCAGAGUAAGCUGAAAGGCUGGUGUCUACCUUCUUUCUGAACUGGAAGCCGAGAGCGUCAAUAUGCGGUUGCAGAAGAGGAGCUUGGUGGCAUUUGCCUGGAGUUUGGUGGUUGCUUCUGCUGCUGCUCAGAGUGUACCUGCACCUUCCAUGCCCUAUAAAUGCAACAGGACCAACAUCCAUCUAGUGGUCAAGAUGGACCCUUGGGACACAGGUCUCAGGCUGGAACCACAAUAUCUGCACCUCGGCCGCUGCUCCCCUUCCUUUGAGGACAACCGGCAGGGCUUCUUCCACUUCCAGUACCACUUUAAGGAAUGUGGCUUUGCACGGCUGAUCUGUGGCGCAAUGGUAGAAUAUUCUAGUAGCCUGGUCUACAGGCCGCCAUCCACCCGGUCCGAUCUCUACAGCAGGAGCCCUUUCAUGGAGAGGAUUAACUGUACCGAAUAUGACGCAGGGCGCUUGACGACUCCUCCUCCACAAGUGAUAACGGUCACCGGCCAUCUUUCUGCUUCCAGUGGGCUAAUGUUCACCGGCACUUUAAUGAAUGCGGACUUCAGCGCUCCCUCAUCCUCCAGCGUCUUCCCCCUGGGCUCUCAGAUCCACAUUCAGUUUGCUGUACAGCGUUCCUUCCACCAGCCUUUGCAGGUUUUUGUGGACGAGUGUGUGGCUGCCACAACUCCAGACCUGAGCACAUCGCCCCAGAGUUACGUUGUCAUUGCAAACCAUGGGUGCCUUGUUGACAGCAGGGUUGCAAAUUCCCGGUUCCUCCCUAGACAGACUCCGGAAGUGCUCCAUCUUUCUCUGCAAGCCUUUGAAUUCGUUGAGAUAGAUACUGAUGUUUACCUUCACUGCCGUGUUUUAGUCUGGGACCCAGCUGUACCCGCCGACCACAUGAGGAAGGCCUGCUCGUUUCACAGAGAUACGAACAAAUGGGAGCUCCUAGAUGAUCCAUCCAGUUCUGUGUGCAGCUGCUGUGACUCGACGUGUGGAGCGACUGGGUCUCGCCACCAGAGAGAUCUGGAAGGUCUGUCUGUGGAAGACCGUCCACGGCAGUCGGACAGGGUGGUGACUCGUUUCACAGUUCAGAAACUGGCUCAAAAUGGAGACCAUGGAGAGCUGGGUGCAAACGGCUCUCUUUCUGUCAGGAGGAGUCGCAAAGUCAUCCCAGUUUUGGCCCAAGGAGAAGGCUUGGCUUCUCCAGCCACAGUGGGUUCUAACACUCCUCAAGUGACAACUGCAGAGCUGGGAUUCUUCAAUAGGGUAUUUCAUGCUGCAAAGGGUCUAGUGUGGAGCAGCAAUGCUGAAACCACAGAGCCCACGGCAACCACUUUGCCAGCGCUUCCUCACUCCACGGCAUCCAGCGCAGAGCCUCACGUCCAGCUUCUGCAAGCUGCUCAGGCCAGUGAUGCAAAGAUUAAUAUCUCUCUGAGAGUGUUGAAUGAAGACCACAGUGUUGCUGCUGAACCUGGGGAGUAUGUCGAAGGUGCCUUGAUCCACUUUGAGGCCAGAGUCCAGGCAAGUCCAGGCCUGUCCCCCAAGCUCUACGUCGAUGAGUGCUACGGCACAGAUGCCCGACACCACGGCCAUUUCAGGAGGGUCUACAUAUUUGCAGAUAAACAUGGGUGCCUGUACGGUGACGGCCCCAAGGUCAGGUGGCUCCGUAGAGAAGACUCUGCAAUGGUGUUCACAAUACCUGCCUUCUUGCUAACCGGCGACUCGGAGGAGAUCUAUAUUCAUUGCCUCCUGUCAGCAUGGAGCAAAGAGACCUCCUCAAGCUUUGGCAAGAAAGCUUGUUACUUUGACAACAUCUCCUCCAGCUGGAAGAACAUAGACGAACCAUCCAAGAAUUAUGUCUGCAAGUGCUGCAACAGCUACUGCCCUUUGGAGCCCCCCACUCCUGGAAGUGAGAAAGCAUUUUGGGGUGAAGGAAAGCUCCACAGGAAAGUGGUUGGCCCUCUGAGAGUGCACAAGGAAGAUGUACCUUGGUUUGAAGGACGAUGCCACACCAUGAAGACGUUCCUCUUGGUGAGCAUCUCCUUUGGGGGCAGCUGUGUGCUGGCAGCCCUCUUCAGCGGGGCUACGAUAGCACUAGGCCUAGCCGUCCUCCGCUACUCCCGCACCAGCAAAGGCCGCAAACCCCUGAAGAACCGCAAGGAGCAGCAAUUCCAGACGGAGCUCCAGCUGGUCCUUGGGGACCUGACCGUCGACGAAGAGGUGGAGAAGGAAUCCAACAUUGACUACUGCAAGAUCAAGAGCGACACGCCAGAGAAGGCCUAACUCUCUAAUCCUAAAAGCAAAAAUAAAAUGUGUGUUGAAAGCUUUCCGUUUAUCGCUGUGUAGCUUUACUGCCAUAGUCAAACUUUCUCCCCUUGGUUGAAGGAACUUUUCCACCCCACCCCAGCCGGAGGGCCACAUUUGCUUCUUGGCAACAUUGCAGGGGCCACAUGCUAGUGGCGAUGGGGGCCAGAAGCAAAAGUGGGUAGAGGAAUCAGUCCAAACUUUAAUUUUUGUGUAAGGCAGGUUAAUGGAGUACAGCUGAGUUCUCUCUUAUGCA